AUGCAGCUGAACUGCGACGUGGAUAUCAAUAUCAUUCCUGCGAACAACUACACAGCAUUUGAAAACGUCAACAUCACCAUUGACUCUCCCGGCCCUAUCACUACGAUAUGUCCUCAGACUAUCACGAUCUCACAAAAUACGACAUUGACUUGUCAACAGAUGGCAAUUGCGUACGAGAUCCCUACUGCCGGAAUUCGAAAUCUCAACAAUGAUCUCGAUUGCAAUUGGGUGAAUGACCAAGAUGUCUGUGCGCCAAUGUCUUGUCCGAUUGCGGUUGUCUCUACCUCCAGCUCGUCUAUCAAUGUUGAUGAGUAUAUCCGCAACCAGGACAAUUUCACCAUGACUCAAUUUCUAACCUGGAAUCCGUAUAUUGGUUCAAGACAAAUUGCGAACGGUGAUGCUAUAUGUGUGGGUCCCCCAGGAGGUCUCUACAUCCCACCAUCUGCCACGGUCUCGACCAAUUCUACAUACACGUCCAUAGCUGUUGCUACUGUCAACGGCACAACCCCCACAACCUCUAAUACCACAGCAACCUUCGUCGGUGCACCCACCACUACUGUCACAGGGACGACAUCUGAGUGCUACGAAUGGCACAUUGUUGUCUCCGGUGACACGUGUCAGCUGAUUGAAGCAGAGUAUGGCAUCACUCUUGAAGAGUUUAUCGCGUUGAAUACCUAUGUCAAUAGCACAUGUGGUAACAUUUGGCCCGAUUACGCCUACUGUGUGUCGGGUAUUGCUACUGCCAAUAACAGCACUAGCACGGCAGCAAUUACAGCUACAUCUACUAGUCCUCCUAUCUCGGUGACAACUUCUGGCACACUUACCACAGCUACCGCCUCUGGGUCUAUCACAACCCCUACUCCGACUCAGACUGGCAUGGUUAGCGGGUGUACGACCUUCUACAAGGCUGUUAGCGGUGACGGCUGUUACGCGAUCGCCACAUCGUACGACAUCACGCUUGAUGAAUUCUACGAAUGGAAUGCAGCGGUCGGGAAUGACUGCAGCGGAUUAUGGCCAGACUAUUAUUACUGUGUGGGGAUAUAG